AGGCGGGGCAGCGGAAGUGACCCUCCCCAGGGGCCCUUACCCCUCCUCCACACACCCAUCUCCCAACCGAGGGGAAGAGGCCUGGGGGCAGGGGCGUCCCGGGUAAUUCAGAUCCUUCCAGAGCCUGGGUCUCGUGUUCUGCGUGGGAGAGGCAGGUCUGUGCACACCGUGUGUGCGUGCUUGUGGGGGCAUCACCUCGCUGCUGCCCCUCUGCUGCCCGUGGGGGAGGAGACCAUCCUCAAGGCACAGGAACCAGCCUCUGGGUGUGCACACAUGUGCGUGCACAGCUUGCACACUCACCCUCCCAGCCUGACCCAGGCAGACCCUGGGCCUGAAGCCGGGAAGCCCCCACCCCGAGGAGGGAGGCUCUGGAGGAAGCCACCUCGGGGCCCUGCAGAAGGGGCUCAGCGCACCUGCUCACCGCCCAUUCCCCUUCUUACUCACAGAAGGAGGAAGGCAGGAGCCAAGGCCCCCUCCCGAGGAUGACACUAAACACGCAGCAGGAAGCAAAGACGCCCCUGCGACGGCGAGCCAGCACCCCGCUGCCCCUGUCCUCCCGGGGCCGCCAGCCUGGCCUGUGCGCCGCACCUUCCACUUCCACACAAGCCCGGCACCCACGCCUGGGCCAGUCGGCCUCCCUCAACCCUCCCCCCCAGCAGCCUUCACCUGCCCCCGACGGCUGGUCGUCUGAAUCCAGCGACUCGGAGGGCUCCUGGGAGGCCCUGUACCGCGUGGUGCUGCUGGGAGAUCCUGGCGUAGGGAAGACCAGCCUGGCCAGCCUCUUCGCGGGGAAGCAAGAGCGGGAGCUCCACGAACAGCUGGGAGAAGAUGUGUACGAGAGGACCCUCACGGUGGACGGAGAAGACACCACGCUGCUGGUCAUGGACACCUGGGAGGCUGAGAAGCUGGAUGAAAGCUGGAGCCAGGAGUCCUGCCUGCAGGUGGGCAGUGCCUACGUCAUCGUGUACUCCAUCGCAGACCGGGGCAGCUUCGAGAGCGCCUCUGAGCUCCGCAUUCAGCUAAGGCGCACACAUCAGGCGGACCAUGUGCCCAUCAUCCUGGUGGGCAACAAGGCGGACCUGGCACGCUGCCGGGAAGUCUCCGUAGAAGGUGAGGGACGCGCCUGCGCCGUCGUGUUCGACUGCAAGUUCAUCGAGACCUCGGCCGCCCUGCAGCACAACGUGGCCGAGCUGCUGCUAUAA